AGUGAAGGGAGUGUAUCGCCAUGUAGCGAGAAAACUGAAACGGCAUGGAGAGAAAAACUGGGCUGUCUGCAAAGCGUUAAGGAUGCUGAAAUUGCCCGUCUCCGCGAACAAGUUAAUUACUGGAUGAAGCAAACAGGAAAUUGUACCAGCUUCAACACACAAGAAAGAAUCGCGGAGCUCGAGCAAUCAGAAUCCCUUUUAAAAUGUCAACUUCUAAACUUAGAAGACCAACUGGAUUCACUAAGGUCUGAACUAAAGACAUCUAAGGCUCACAAUGACGACCUUGGGAAACAUUGCAAUAAGUUGGAAAACUGUUUAGCCGUUCUCGACGCUGAAAAGUCGCUCUUAGACGAACUUAAAUCGGAGAAUGGAAAUCUCAGAAGACAGCUUGGGGGUAUGGAGGAAGAAUCAAAGCAGUUGGUUGGGAAGAUGGCAGAACUGGCUGACGAGAAUGCUACGUUGGAAAGGAAGUUGUCUACACGAAGUAACGGUGCUGAUACAAGUCUGAAUGACAAAUAUCAAAACGUUCUGGACGAAAAUAAGAAGUUAAGAAUAGAGAAAACUUCUCUUGCUGACAAGUGCGCUGGAUUGGAGGAUUUAAAAGAUUGUUUCGUGGAACAAAUACGAAGUAUGGAAGAAGACGUUAAGGAGAAAACUAAAUACUCAGAUCAAGUGAAAAGUUUAAGCAUCAAAAUAACAGAGCUAAUAGAUGAAAAUCGUAAUCUAUCUGAAGACAAAGCAAAGCUUGAGCUUGAUCAAGAACUGAAAUCAAACAUGGAGGAAAAAUUAAACGAAAGAAUACAAGUCUUACAGGAUCACAUAGAAACUCUAAAAUCGCAGCUUGAAAACCAAAAUCGAAAGAUCCUUUCUUUCGACUGCCUGCAGGAGAAUUUAGAAUCCGUGGUGGCAGAAAAGUGCGACUUGGAAGCGGCUUGCAAACGACAUAAAACAGAGAAGCAAGAUCUGGAAAAUAAGCUAGCGGACCAACAGGAAAGGUUAUCAGAGUCGUUUGAACGAGCGAACGAACAACUAAUGCUCGAAACCAACGAGAUGGCAGAGAGACAGAGGUCGCUACUUGCCGAAAACCACACGCUUAGGAUACAUUCAAAUGCAAGAGGAGUCACGUUAACAUUGGGAAAGAAAUUUAGCGACGAAGUGGAGAAACUGCUUUGCUCAAAUACGUUCGAACAUUUAGAAGAGUUGGUCAAAGAAAAGGAGUUGUCAGUUAAAAGAGGGAUUGACAUUCCAGUUCUUGCUUUGGGCGAUCUUGCAUCUACGCCACGUAGUGCUUAUGAACCAUUUGCGUCCGAUGCAGCGGCUGAUGACGUCAUCAACGCCUACGUCACUGAAUCUGUGGGUAUGACGCUACAGCAGUUCUGCAAACAACAGGCACAAAGUCCGAGAGUUGACAACGUUACGACUAUCGAUGCUCUGCGGCAAGAUCUAAAGAGAAACUACAGUCUUGUGCAAAGACUGCACCGUCUUAUUGAAAUUACGCAGUCUCUGGGUGAAAUAAAAACUUCGGCGUCAGAAAAUCAGCAAAAUGAAGAAAGCAGUGAACUAGCAAAAAGACUUGAAACUCAACACACCACCACGUAUGAAGAUUCCAGUAAAGAAAUGGAAUCUGUUACUGAGGAGUUGCGGGUUGCAAAGGAAGAAAUCAAGUCUUUGUCGUUUGAACGAGACGACUUGCUUAAAAAACUCAACAAAAUGUCUGAAAAGUCACAAGAAUACAAAUCGAUGUGCGAUGAUCUGAUUGUGAGGACAAGCAAGCUACAAGAAGAGAAAUCUGAGCUUAUUAUGCUUUCUAAUAUUGAUAGUAGCGCGAAUAACAAAGGUACGGAAGAUACAUUGAAACUUUUGGAAGAAGCGCAGCUUGAAAUAUCUAUCCUUCGUGAAGAAGCAGACUUACAUGCUGAAGAGGUCGAGGGGAUAAAAAAAGAUCAUAAAGGAGAUAUUGAGAAGUUAAGAGAAAAAGUCCGAGAUCUUGAGAAUGCAAAAGAAGAUGUUCAAUCUAAAUUAGAAGACACGGAGACGGUUAUUGAAGAACUGACAAAGAAGAUGCAAAAAAUUCAACUUGAGAAUCUUGAGAUGUUGGAGAAGGACAAAGAAGAGAUGGAGUUGUUAAAGCAGGAAAUUAAUGAGAAAAACAUGAUGCUCAAAGAUGCUGAGGAGAGGUUGCAAGAUCCAUCUCUGAAGUUAGAUGAAGAGGAAUGUGAAAAGUCAGAGCUUACUGCUGCGUUGGAGGACGAGCAAAGACGAGCAGACGAAGCAAGUUUAUCGUCUUCCAGUACUCAAGAUAAGUUGUUGCAGUACAGAGAACAAGCGGGGAGAUAUAAGCAAGAGAAUCAUGAAUUAAAACUAAAGUUGGAUGAAUUAGAAAACGAAAAGAACGUGGAGAUUGAAGAGUUGGGGAUGCAGAUAAAACGUUUGACUAAUGAAAUAAACGAACAAAAAAGGGAACAGCGUGAAAGCAAUGAAGAGAGAAUCAAGGAGCAAAAAGAUGAAUGGGAACGGAGUACUGAACAUUAUAAGACACGAAUUACAACACUUGAAGAAGAAAUUAUGAUUUUAAAAGACAACGAAAGGUACUUGAACAAUGAAAUUGAGUUGAAGGAAAAAGUUCAUGAAGAAAAUCAAUCACUGAGAAGCAAAAUUGUCAAGUUAGAAGACGAAGUGAUGAAGCUGAAAAAUCGAGUUCAAGAUUUGGAGGACCACCUAACUGAAAAUGAUGGUUCUCUGGAUGAAAUAUCCCGUCGAUUGGAAGAGCAAAUUAGGAGCAAAGAUCGGCUCCUGGAACAAUGGGAAAUAAGGUAUGAACAACUGAAAACAGAAAUGGAAGAUCGGAAGAAAAAUCAUCUUCUAGAAAAAGAGGAUACACAGCAAGAGAUUGAGGUUUUUGAAAACGAAGUUCUUACUUUGAAAGCUGAAAUUUCCUGGCUUCAAAAUCGGACUGGUGUUCCGCUUGACGAAAAUGUCUUGCAAAAUAGAGAUUUAACAGUAGCCGAGUUACUCGAAAAGUUUUCCCAACUGCGAGAAGAGAUGUCCGGAAAAGAUGAGGAAAUUUUAGAAUUACAGCAAAGGAUUUCCGAAUAUGAACAACUUUCUCUCAAUACCAAUUCACAGGCUUUUGGUCAAGAACUUUCAAAUGUUGAAGCUGCGAAUAUCACCACUUCGUCCAUUUUAAAAUCGACCGAUGGCAUGUCAAGUGACGAGUGCCCACCGCUGGUUAAUAGCUACAGGAACGCCAUGUUAAGCGAGGUUGAGAGGUUAAGGGGAAGGUGCUUGAAGCUCGAGGAGCAGCUCGCUGAAAAGGAAAAACAGCUGCCUGUUUCGGAUAAUAGUGCGGCUACACCGUCGUCAACCGCUGCUGUACAUGAGCGUAUAUCGGUCUCUAAUACAUCUGAUGAAACCAGUAGAGACUUUGGCAGAAGCAUGGAAAACCUGAUAGACUUGGACAGUACUUCCUCCGAUGGUGUUCCUGAGUCAGAAAGCAGUGACAGUUCCUACUCUGAAGAUACAUCGAGUCAGAAAACAGCCGGGUCUUAUGUUAAUUUAAGCACUACUGAAUCGCACCAGUUCAUCGCAUUAGAGCGUGCUGAACCAGUUCAUACUUCAACGCCAAAUGACGCUGAAAGAGGGGCGGUUUCACUGGAGAAAGCAGACGAAGACAACUGUAUUGAAAAACUUCAGCGAGAAAACCUUCGAUUAUCUACCAUGCUCCAGCAAGCACAGUCCGACGCUCUUGGCUUGCAGGAGAAGCUUCACAAGUUCCCAGUUAUCAUACAAGACUUACAAGCUCGGUUAGCGGAGGUGGAAACUCGAAACCGCCAAAGCGGAACCGAAUCAGAUAUCGUAAUCGACGAGAACCAACAAAAAGAAAUCGAAAAACUAAAAGCUUGUUUGCUGGAGACGGAGUGCCUUGUUGUAGCGCACAAGAACAAACUCAGCCAUGUGGAGAGUUUGAAUGACAGUUUACGAUUAGCGAACGGACGACUACGUGCAGAAGUUAACAACAUUAAGAGGGCAAUCGCUCAAAGUAACAGUCCUUUACUGGGAGAAAUCGUCAACGAAUUAAAGUACACCAUUUUAAAUGCUUUUCCAUAUAACCACUUAUUUAAUGAAAAAAAAAUGUUUAGGCUUGAGAGUACAGACCGCGAACGGGAUUCGGUGAGCAGCGAGGAAGAUAGCGACACGCCACAAGAAGCAUUCGAAGAUUUGGAAACAAUUCCUUUCGAUAAAGUUGUUAAUGUUUUAUGCGAGCGACUCCAAGAGAGUGGAAUAACUAGUGAACAAGAAAAGGAGGAAAUAAACAGACUAUCAAACGAACUAGACGAGACCAGAGAACGACUUGUUUCAUUAGAAGAUAGAAGUAGUGGGCUAAGCAAUGAGUUAACUGAAGCACUCGGACGAUUGCAAGAAAGUAACGAAGCUUUAAUGACGUCAGAAGAGAAGAUAUCUUCAAUGAAAAUGUUGUUAACGAUGAAUGACGCAAAUGCAAAAGAAAGCUUGCGAAGCAAACAAGAAGACCUCGAAAAGAUGAAAGAGAAAAUUUAUUCGUUGAACCGCGAGCUUGAGGUAAAAGUGGAGGCAUUGGAAGCUUUGGAGGUGAAGAAGAGAGCAGAGUUUGAAGAGCUGAGGUUAAAGCUCGACAGUGUGCAGGAGGAGCUCAUGCGAAGCUCGCAACAUACUGUAGCACAGUCGCAAGAUUUGCUGGCUAAGACAACGAAACUGGAACAGCAAUCCCAAGAGAGGCAAGAAAUGUUGGAUCAGAAAGAAACAGAAAUAAUGUCCUUAAAAAUCGAAAUCGAAAUUUUGCACCAAGCUAAACAACAGGUUGAAGAAUCAAUGAAGAAUGAAAUUAAACAUAAAUCUAGUUUGGAAGAAAAGUUAAAUUCGACAGUCGCCUUCCAGUUGAGUGAGGUGGAUCGUCUUAAAGCGGAAAUUGAAAACCUUGAGAGAGGAACUGCUGAUCUGCAAGAUUCCAUGAGCUCCAGAGAUAACAAUAUUGCCAGUCUGAGCACCGAACUGAUGGAGAAAAAUGACCAGAUAGUUGUUCUCAGUGCAAGAGUGGAUGAACUAACUGAAACAGAAGAAGCGUUGAAGAACACAAUGAACCUAGCUGAUGAUUUGAUAGAGGAGCAGACCAAACAACAUCAGGAUGAAGUUGAACAAUUGAAAGUUGGCCUUGAAAUAUCUGCAGCGGAGGCAAGAAGAGCAGAGAUGAGCAGUGAGGAGCUUCAUGCAGAGAUAAUUAAGCUGGAGGAGAAAAAUAAGAUGUUGGAAGAUGCGAUAGAUGGGAUUAGAAAAGAAGAAAGAGACCAUGAUGCGAACCUAGAAGCAAUGGAGAUGGAACGUGAACUGAUGAACACGAGCCUUGAAAAUGCUCGGGAGGAAACAAGAGAAGUUGAGAUAAAAGCGGAGGAUCUGGUGAGAGUAAAUAAAGAGCUGCAAGAGGAAAAUGAGCAACUCCAGAAGACGAUUGAAACUCUUAACGAUCAAGUCAUCGCACUUCGAGUUAGAUGCGAUAAACUGGAUGUGGAAGUAUUGGAAAGGGAGCAGGAGAUAGCGGAGGUAAUGGGAGAUAACGAUGUUCUCGCUUCUAAGCUUGCCAACAGUGUAAACAGUGAUCUGAAAAGUGAUAAUACUCGGGAAGAAGUUGUGAGUCUACGGAUGGAGAACGAACGACUACAAACCGCGCUUUCAGACGUACAAGAACAGCUCUCUGGCUCACAGAAGGUAAUCAACGACUAUAGAGCCGACAAAUAUCAUCUCACAAAAGAAGUGAUAAGUUUACACUCUGAAGUGCAUUCGGUCAACACAGCAAGAAGCGCUUACACUGAAGAUACAAGCAGUAGGGAUGCAAGUUUUGGAAUUGAUGAAUUAGAUUCACCGAGUAGAAAGUUAACGUCUACAGAAAAGGACAUUAAACUCGUUGACUGUGCCAACCAAAGCGAUAUAAGUCGUUUACAGGAGCAAUCACUGUCACUUCAGUCAGAAAACCAAGCUUUAAAACUGAGACUUGCUGCUUUGGAAGAAAGCAUCAGUGGAGCAGCCGAGAGAGUCGUCCCUAAACUAGAUCUCGGGAGUAUUGCGGAUGAAAGUGACAUGAAACGUAGGUUGGCGGGUCCUCCGGACGAGGACGACACCGGAAGAUUUUUGGAAGAAUGUGAUCCGGAUACCGCACGCCCGACGGAGGUUGAAAGAAUGAGUGAACAGCUCCGAGAGUCGGAUGCAAAAGUUGAAAAGUUGAUUACCCAGAUUCACGAAAUGGAAGACGAGACAGAAGAAUUGAGACGAAAUGUUAAAGACUUGGCUACGAAAAACGAUUCAUUACAGAAAGAGUUCUUUGGUACCAUUCACGAAAAUUUCCAAACACAGAUCGAUGAAGUAAAUGAGGCGAAUGCAAGUUUAAAGAGCGAUUUGAAUACAAAAAGUCAGGAGUUACUCGAAAAGUCGGAAAAGCUAAAACAAGUAGAAGAGGCUGAGCUGCAAUGGCGGAAGAGGUGUAACGAGGUCGAAAAUCUUGCUGAGGAGCUAAAAUUACAACUCCAAAGAGCUGAAGAAGACAACCAUGAUCUUCAACAUCGUCUUAUUGAUCUGGACGAAGAAUGUCAGAGUAUGAUGCAAGACACAGCAGAUGAGGACGUCGAAGGCAUAAUGAAGCACACAAAAACGAAUGCAAGUGUCCAGACACUAACACUGACGGAGCUCUUGAAGGAGAUAAGACAGGAAAAGAAAAGAAAAAAGAAACAACCAAAGCACACGGUUGAAGACACAGAAAACGAUAUUUCCGAAUUGGACUCUUCUUACGAUGCUUUGCCCCAUCAAGGGGAGAAAGAUGUCUUAAAAAAGCAACCGCAAGGUGUCAGCUCGGAGCACAGCAGUUCUUCUUCAGAUUCCGGAUCCAAAUUUAGUCUCGAUGAUAUCCCUGGUUGUGAAACUCACGAAAAGAGGAAAAAAGAACUUACCGAGGUGGUGUCGGAACCUAACCAUCUCAACCACCGCAAAGAUCGGGGCAGCUGUAGAAAUCGAAGUGAAAGCUUUGCAAGAAGAAACUUCGGCUCAGAAACUUAUGAUUGAAAAACUAAAACGACGAAAUCAGGAGUUGCUAGACGGUGCUGGUGCAGCAAUGACACAAGACGAUAAGGAAUCACUAGAGCGUGAAGUCAGCGCUCUUCGUGGUCAGGUGGCGCUGUUGCAAAGAAAUAAUAAAAUAUUUUCGGAUCGGG